AUGUUGAACCAAACGAAUGAUUCUGCUGUUUCAGACCACAUGCCAAUGCUCUCGGAGGAACAUGCUAAAAUUUAUGAUCGUCAGAUUCGUUUGUGGGGAGUUGAAACACAAAAUAGAUUAAAUCAGAGUCGAAUUCUUGUGUACGGAAUGAACGGAUUAAGUGCUGAAAUUUGUAAGAACAUUGUCCUUUCUGGAGUAGGACUGGUUCAUAUUAUGGAUUCUCAAUUAGUUACUCAAUUUGAUUUGGGAUGUAAUUUUCUAGUGCGAGAGGCUAAUAUCGGAGAGAAUAGAGCAAAGGCUUGUCAUCCAAAUUUACAAGAGCUUAAUCCAUUGAUGAAGGUUACGUUUGAGGAAGUGGAUUCCUUGUCGGUAAAGCCAAAGGAAUUCUUUAAUAAUUUUGAUUUUAUUAUUUUGAAUAAUGCAAAGCUGGAGGAACAAAUUAAAAUUAACAAUAUUUGCAGAGAGAAGAAUAUAUUAUUUAUUGCAACCAAUACAUUUGGCCUGAUUGUAACUUCUUUCCAUGAUUAUUUGGAUAAUUUUGAGUACAAGCUAAAAGCCGACAAGGGAACCAUUCAAAAAUCAGAUUCCUUUGUUCCAUUAGAAACUGCCCUCCAAGCAAACUUGGCUAAGGUGAGAAACUUGUCCAAAAUGUGGCUUGGUGUCAUGACUCUCCUCAUUUAUCAAGCAGCAAACAAUAACAUCUUACCUGCCAUUGAAGACGGGCAAGCUCUUUUCAACUUUAAAGAGAAUGGACAUGUUCAGAAAUAUUUACCAAGUGUGACAAAGGCUCAACUUGACAUGCUCACGUUAGAAUUCUGUUCAAUAUUGUGUCGAUUUGCACACGCUGAAAUUAAUGCUGUGUGUGCUGUGGCAGGUGGAGAGUUGGGUCAAGAAGUGAUCUCGGUGAUUAGUAGAGACCGAACUCCUCUCAAUAACUUUUUCGUGUAUGAUGCAUUUGAAACCUUCUCUGGCAUUAUUGAAAAACUACACUAA